AUUGCACACUACCAGACAGGAAGAGAGGCAGUGAGGGAGGAGGCCAGAGUCUGCACAGCUCACCACUUGAAAAUAAAGGAUUGAGAGAGGAGGGGUGAGAGAAGAAAAGGGGAGUAUCCAGUUCUGCCCUUCUGUGCUGCUGCAGCCCCCCUCCCACUCUGUGUAAUUUCCUUUUUUCCUCUUUCCCCUUACUCAUCUGUUUCAGUGGCUGCACUGAGAGGAAGGACACCUGCCGCUCCCUGAUGAUUCAGCUUUUCAGCUGUUUGGAGCUCCCAAGACUAGACAGCAUGUCCCUCCUGCCACUGCAGUGCUUGGCUGGCCUGUCCUCUGCACUACAUUUGCCUCAGCUAGAGCUGGCCCAUCACGUCGAUACUACCUUUUCUUCCCAAGUAUUCAGGAAAUUUGACAGUUGUUUUCCUUGUGAAAAAAAAGCAUGAAUAAGGAAUUCCUAUUUCUAAUGCAUAGACUGUCUACGUAUCCCCUGGAUUGUUAGCAAGGUUCCACUCUUUGAAGGGCAUCACCUUUCUCUGAAACCCAGCUCUCCCUCUGUGUCUACACAAUGGAAAAGAUACUAAAAGACAUUGGUGGAAAAAUGUCAUUGUGUGAUGAUCUGAGUUAAUAGCUAAGGUGGUAAGAAACACUUCUUCAAGCAGUGUGAAAGGAUGACCGAGGGAAUGGAGGAAGUCUCUGCAGGGCCAGCUCCCCCUUUUGGAUCAGUCUCCCCCACUGGCUCUACUGUUGAUACUAGGCAAGUCCCAGAAGAGAAACCAGAGGAGACAGAGGCAGCUGGUGAGAGUGGGGAGGAGGCUAUAGAGGGAACUGCAGAAGGAGGUGGUGCUGGUAACGAUGGGGAGCAUGUGGGGGCUUUUGGAAUUGUGACCUUGCCAGAGGCCUGCUGCGUGUGCAUAGAGAUGGAACAGAUUAACAAUUGCCUGCACUCUGAGAAAAUCUGCAUCCUCCCCAUACUGGCCUGUCUGCUUAGCUUAGCCCUCUGCACAGCUGGACUCAAAUGGGUCUUUGUGGAUAAGAUAUUUGAGUAUGAACCACCAUCACAUUUAGAUCCUAAGCCUAUUGGACAAGACCCAAUUAUUAUACCAGUUGAACCCACAUUGGGAAUAACAGUCUCGUUUCCUCAUGCAACUCCUUCAAAUAACUCCCUAACCACCACCUUCACCCUUACCCCAGAGCAUCCUGAAGUUUCAGUAGAAGAUAAAUCUACACAACAGCCGCAUGUGUCUCAGUCUUCACGAGUGAUUGAGCCUGCUGUCACACUGAAAUAUAACGCUGAACACUAUACCACCCCAAAGCAGACUCCCCAACGAAAGUCAACACAGAAAUCACACAGCCAUCAUCAAACUAUCUCUACCAUCAGCACUUCCACUACAGCAAAGACCUCAAGUCACGUAACCCGCUGCAGUGACAGUCAGAGGAACUACUGUGUUAAUGGAGGCGAGUGCUUUACCCUUGAAAUCAUCCCGGGCAGUACAAAGUUUCUCUGCAGGUGCUUGGCUGGAUUCACUGGGCACCGAUGUGAACAAGCAGUUCUUAAGAAUGUCUCAGACCCAAAACAAGCUGAGGAGCUGUAUCAGAAACGUAUUUUAACAAUAACUGGAAUCUGCAUUGCGCUCCUAGUCGUUGGAAUCAUGUGUGUGGUUGCCUACUGCAAAACCAAGAAGCAGAGAAAGAAACUACGGGACCGUUUAAGGCAACGUCUAAGGAAUAAGAGGAAGAAUACCAGUACUGGUAUUGACUCCAAUGUGGCAAACUCUACCACUGGACGCCCAAAUUCUAACUUGCCUCUUCAAGAUUUGCAGCUUAUUGGUCAACAUAAUGGAAAGACAAUGAAGCAUACAGCUGAAAAGGAGACAGAGACAAACCUUUCCACAAGCAAAUAUACCUUAUCUGUGCAUAAUCCUACCACACUCACCAACAUCUCCAGUCAAAGGUUUGUACCAGUGAUGGCAACUUCAGAGUCGCAGAACUCUCUUGCAACCCCUGGCUCUCCUCCAUCCGAGAUUUCAGCCCCCAUAUCCAGCCUAGCUAUCUCUGUUCCCUCUGUGACUUUAAGUCCCUCUGGUGAGGAAGAGCGCCCUUUGCUGCAUCAGCUGCACAAGUCCUCAAGCCGGGAUGUACAAAAGAGAACCUCUUCACACUACAAUCAUGGCCAUGUGGCAGAUAGCUUGCCAUCUAGUCCACUGUUCGCUAUGGAGAAUACUGACUACCAAACCAUACAGGACACCAGAGCUGCCAGCUAUAUGUUUUCAAUAGCACCUGUGAAAUUAAUUAACACAAACAACAAUGUAAGUGACUGCAGCAACAAUAGUGUCACUGACCAUGUGGUUGAUUAUUUGAGGUUAAAUGGUGACAGCAUACUAGUAAGUGAUACAGAGGAGCCUCGGGGGGAACACAUACCCUUCCUAAGUGCAGACAGGAAUACAGUCCUUUUACUCAGGGCUGUAGAUAGCGGCAGGACUAACCCAGCAUCACCAAAUGAUGACCUACCAGUAAAGUCAUCUAGCCUCAUCAACCAACAAGAUUUAAUUGCUGCGUAAAGUAAAAAAAAAAAGAAAGAAAAGAAAUUGCUAAGAUUACUUCACAUGGAGGAAGAAUAUAAACAACCUUUAAACCUUUAUUUUCGAUAAAUUCUCAUAAUUUAUUUGCUGUGUAAAGACUUUUAAAGACAAAUGAAGAAUGAAACUUUUAUUUUAGAGAUGUAGUAAAUAAAGUUUUAUAAAAAAAACAGUACAGAUGUCUUGUAGGUAAAGUGCCAUACGCUAGUAUGCAGCAGUUCAUAGUAUAGUUAAAAGAAUAUUUCAGUGCAGACAAAUAUCAAUGGUGCCUUUCUGUUUAGUAUGCUUAAGGGGCCGUAAUAUUGCAUACUGGGCCAUGCAUCACCCUCUUAUUCUUCAAGUUAAUAAUCAGAUGCUCUGUGUUGUCUGCCUUUAACAUCUUGCACUUUAGGGCACCCACUGACAUAUUUGAAAUCAAAUGUUAUGGGUUCAAAGUGCAUGCUAUGUUCUUAAAUGCUGUCAUGAAAAAAUGAGCAGACAAUUGACUUGAAUUGAUGGUUUUCUUACCUGAUGUCCUACUUUUAUCACAGUCUUAUGGUAUAUAUUAUUAGUAAGCUUAUAACCUGGAUUCCAUCAAAAUGUCAGAGAUCUUAACUCAUUCACUGCCAGCCAUUGGCAGUGAAUGAGUUAAACCCAUUGACUCAUUCACUGCAAUUGACGGCUAUAGACGUCAAUGGCAGUGAAUGAGUUAAUAAUUUUAUUCAUCACUGGACUACACUGUGGAUGACCUGCCAGAAAUGAAUAUUGUAGCUGUGAGAUAAAUAUACAUUCAUUAAAGUUUGCCUCAACAAGGUGCAUAAGAUACACACAAAGAGUUGUAUUUACAUUCGACCAUUUCUAUGUUUAAGAAGUAUUCACUGAAUUGUAUGGCAUUGUUAUAACAAUUAAACAAUGUUCAUGCUUAAAGAGUAGCAGCCUAAUAAUCCUAAGGUUUCUGGUAUGGGUUAAGCUGGAUGCUGGUUUUCACAUGCCCCAUAAUCCUCCUUAGAAGUUUUAUUUAUUCCUAUGCUGACAGAUGUUCUGCCUAAGUAUAAACUGUCUCAGUUAAGGUGGUACAGUCAACGACUACUAGUGUGAAGACCAGCAAUUCUUUAAAAUAGUAUCUUUAAAUCAACAAUAUCUACAAAGUAAAUUAGCUACAAGAUCUAUGUCUGAUUUGUUCUUGUGUGAAUCCAACCAGUGCCUUGUAUUGCACUGUGGAUCUUAGAGAAGUGCUGAAUGUAUAAAUUGUGGUAAUUUCCUUUAAUUUAAACCAUAUUUCUGGAAAAAAAAAUUGAAAUUGAAAUUUCCCCCCAAAUUAACUUGUUAUCUUCUUGCUGUAAGAGUCAAGUUCAGGUUUUUCCUUUUAAUUUAAAUGACCUGUCUUGAUAUACAAUUACAAUUAUUUUCAACAGAUUGAAUAUAAACAAUGCAAGAUAUACAGUCAUUUCAUCUGCACACAUUAGUACAUAGAGAAAAAAAUAUCUUGCACAUUUUGUCACUUGAAUGGUUAGCAUAACACAGAGAACAUUGUUUUGAAAUGGGGGUGUCUUUAAUUUAUGUAAAUAUAUCAGGAAAAUCUCCUGCAUUGUUGUUUCUCACUGAAUAUCACAUUAUGUGUUUUGUGUGUUAGUGUCAAAGCAUUUGGGAUUGAAAAAGAACUUUCAGUUGUUCUGUCUCACUAUUGAUUGAUACAAUGAAAGUCUUGUGCAGCUGUAAUAAUAAAUAAAACACACAUUUCACAUUUGAGCAUACAUGUGAACAUGAUUUAUAUGUCAAAUCUAUGGCUUUUUAUCAGUUUGGGUUUUUUUGGUAAGGACUGAUCAUUUUAAAGAACUGAAGAUGAAUUCUCUUCAGUUCUUUAAAGAGAACUUUGUAAUUAGACCUUCUGGACCGCUCAUGGCAGAACAAAGUCCCAACAAUGAUAGGAAUUAGGACAAGACUCCUGGUGUCUAGAUGCUGGCAGUGGUGGAAUUGAGGAUGAAGGCUUGGAUGUGGGUUCUGAAUGGAAGGAAAUGUGGAGGAGUCGGGUUGCACAUAUGAGAGUCUGAAAGACAGAAUGACGAAACAGCAGUGAGAUUUAAAGCACACACAUAAGAGAGGCUGAUUGUCUUGCAGCAGGCAGGCAAGAAAAUUAUCCAGCUUAGAGUGAUGAUGUCAGUAUUGUCAGAGUUGUUUGACACUGUGGGAAAGUGGAUGUGAUGUAAAGAAUGGACUUGCAGUCAAAAACCCAGGAAAGCAGGCAGAUUAGUGAAUAAUUUCUUAUAGUAAACACUAUAGUGUUUAGACUACACAACUUCAAAUUAAGUCCUGGCUGCAUAUUACACUGAAAAUAAAUAAUAACACAAAUUUGUACUCCCUUUACAUACAUGUUAUUCUAUGUGCUGAGCAAUGCCAUUUUGUUUUAAUUCUGUAUUUUACUUGUAUCUUUGAUACCCAUUAAACAUGUAAUUUUUUUUUUCAUGUAAUGUCUUCUUUCAUGAAAGCAAAUAAAAGUAAUUUUUGAGCACAAAA